AUGGAGAAAGACCAGACGAUUGAGAAUGGAAGCAGCGAUGAAGGACUGAUGCAGAUUCUUCCUAUCAUUUCAUUGUGGUUCCAUCAAUGGGGAUUGAUGGAUCUAGAAAAUCAAUUGCAAAUUGCUAAAUAUGCAACUUCUGUCGUUUCUGAUGAUGAUCUGAAAAAUGACAAUAAAAAUGUUUUACAAGAUAUUGUGAAGAGGGUUUUGACAGUUCGGUACAAGCCCCCAAGUCAAUUGCUGGCUCCAUUGCUGCCUUUCCAAGAAGAGGGCCUUGCGUGGAUGUGUAAUCAAGAAGUCUCCCCUGUUAGAGGCGGAAUUUUAGCGGAUGAGAUGGGAAUGGGAAAAACAAUUCAAAUGAUUGCUCUUCUAUUAACGCGUAAAUACGAUUCGAAUCCAGUUGAGUCAGUCCCAAAUUCAGUAAAGAAUAAGGAUCACGAUUUCAAUCCUGAAGGGCGCGGUGCGACUCUUGUUAUCGCUCCCCUUGCCGCAGUUCUUCAAUGGAAACAGGAAAUAGAAAGAUUUUCAAAACCUGGUUCCUUACGGGUUCUUCUUUAUCAUGGAAGUUGCCGUGAAGCUUUAUUGAAGUCCAUCCAUCUUUACGAUGUUGUCGUCACCACUUAUCCCACAGUUGAGAGCGACUACAGACGAGUUAUUAACACCCAUAAAGUCACCUGCAAAUAUUGCGGAAGAAUGUAUCUUCCGGAGAAGCUGAGAUUCCAUCAGCGUUACUUUUGCGGUCCUGAGGCCGCUAAGACAGCUCGACAAGCAAAAACGGAAAAAAAAACAGAAAGAAACUGUUCAAUUCCCACACCGAAUAAUGUUUUGGGGGAAAUAUUGCAAUCAGCAGGACGAUUAGAAGACUUUGAGAAAGUUAGAAUGGGAGUCCCGUGGUUGGGACGAAGAAAAGCGCUUGUUUCAACCGAUGAAGAGUCUGAAAAAGCAGAAGAUAAAAAUGCAGAUGAUAAAAAUGAAGAUGAAGACGCAUCGCAUCCAAGCGGUUCACGCUUGUUGAAACGUGCGACUGGAAAAAGAAAAAGGGAGUUUUUGGAUUCAUUUUGCAAACUUAUUGAGAUGGGAUUCGAUGGAGAGGCUGCUUCAAUAGCAAUUCAAACUUCGAAUGGGAACUUGCAGUCAGCUUUGCGAAUGCUUUCCACAGGAGCAGAAGCAGAAAGGAGCCCGCCUCCAAGCUCCGAAGUCUCCGAUGAAGAAGAAAUGAGAAGGUCCGGGCAGCUCAAGGCUGGACCGAAGCGAAGAGCUGCGAGGGGAAAGAAGACUGAGGAGCCUUUCAAAGAGAGCUCUGAGCGCAGCGAUGCGGAAGAAGGAAAAGAGCGCAAUGAGGCGAUGGGAAACUUCGCGAAAGAAGAAAGAAGGAAAAGGGCUGUUAUUGAAAGAGCUCAUACGUUGCGCGCAACAUUUAAUAUUUCGAAAACAGAACUUGGAAAGAAAAGAGUCGCUGAGUUGCAAAAAAUGUUGAAAUCAAUCGAUGAAUCGUCAUUUGGAACGAAACAAGAGCUUGUUAAUCGUUUGAGCUUGUUGUUGUUUCCAGUUGAAGCAGAAGAGCAGGAGAGUGAUGGAUCAAUGGAACGUGAUUCUGAAGAACGAGUGGAAAAGAGAAAACAUGUUACAUCAAGCGAGGGAAUUGAAGGGAGAGAGAGUGGGAAGAAGAAGACCGCUUCGAAGGUUAAGGGUGCUAAAAGUCAUAAGAUGAGUAACGGCGUUGUGAAAAAGACUGUGAAGGGAGUGAGAAAGGUGGUUAAGGAGGCGAAACAGAAACGGAAGAAUUCGGAAUCAAGCGAAGUUGUUAGAAAGAGACCAUUGCGUCGAUGUCGAAGUGCAUCAAAAGAUCCGAAAGUGCGAUUUGUUGGAAGUGAGAGCGACACAUCAAGGAGUUCGGAUAGUGAUGUUGAAGAGAUUGAAGUAGUGAGUUCAUCUGAUGAUAGUGAGGUGAGAAAGGAAGCCAGAAAAAAGGAAAGAAGGGGGGGGGAAAUCGCUCAAGUUAUCAAUGAAGGCAAAGACGCAUUAGAUGAAGAGAUGGUUUAUGAAGAUCCAUACGCAACAACAGAUGAAGAUGAGGGGGUCGACAUGUCCUUAUCACCACUUCACAGCAUCACUUGGAAACGAAUUGUAUUGGAUGAAGCUCAUCGUAUCAAAGGAAGGACGACGUCGACAGCAAAAGCAAUUUAUGCUUUGAGGGCGUCGAAGUCGAAGUGGUGUUUAUCAGGAACCCCGUUGCAAAAUCGAGUUGGGGAGCUGUAUAGUUUGGUCAGAUUCUUGAGAUACGAUCCCUACGCAUUCUAUUUCUGCUCGAAGAAGGAUUGUAGAUGUCGCUCGUUACAUUUUCGUUUCGUCAAUAAUCGAUAUUGUGUGAAAUGCGGUCAUCCCCGAAUGUCCCACUAUUCGUAUUUCAAUCGUAAAAUCGUUUCACCCAUUCAGAAGUACGGAUAUCAAGGGGAAGGUCGGGAAGCAAUGAAAGCCCUAAAAGAGGACAUUCUGGAUACAAUCCUAUUACGCAGGACUAAAUUGGAACGUGCUGAAGAUGUCAAAUUGCCCUCCUUGACUGUAUUGAUUCGACGCGACCAGCUCAGCCAAGCUGAACGGGAUUUCUAUGAGAGUUUAUAUAAACAAACGCGGACAGAGUUCAACACUUACAUUGAAUCAGGGACGCUUCUUCAUAACUACGCUCAUAUAUUCGACUUAUUGAGUCGAUUACGUCAAGCUGUAGACCAUCCGUAUCUCGUGGUUUACGGAAAUCUGGCUCCCACAUUUUCAGGAUCUACGGUCGAGAUUCCAGCGCCAGGUCGAGGAAAUUCGGAAGUGUGCGGAUUGUGUCAAGAUGACGUCGACGACCCAAACGAAUUAUCCGUGUCCCGCUGCAAACACGCUUUCCACAAGACGUGCAUCGCUGAUUACGUCAACCAGGCGCCAGGGACUGAUGGUGUUCCUCUCGGAUGCCCUGUGUGCUACAGCCCUCUUACGGUAGGAGUUGAAACUGAAGCUGCUGGAAGAUCGAAGAAGGCAGCAGGUUCUCAAGAGGGAAUUUUAAGCAAAAUCAAAACAUCAGAAUUUCAAUCAUCGACAAAAAUCGAAGCGCUUGUUCAAGAGUUGGAGUCCAUUGCUGAGAAAGACUCGACGUCUAAAAGCAUUGUGUUUAGUCAAUACACGUCAAUGUUGGAGUUGGUUGAAUGGCGAUUGAAGAAAGGGGGAGUUCAGUGCGCGAAACUGAUUGGGUCGUUGAGUCUUACUGCAAGAACGAAUAUUCUUUAUGCUUUUAACUCGGACCCGAGUUUGAAAGUCGUAUUAAUCAGUUUGAAGGCUGGUGGUGAAGGUUUGAACCUCCAAAUCGCUAACAACGUGUUUUUGUUGGAUCCAUGGUGGAAUCCAGCUUCAGAACAGCAAGCAAUUCAGCGCGCUCAUCGUAUUGGUCAAAAUAAACCAGUUCGUGCGGUGCGUUUUAUUUGCGAAGGCACAAUUGAGGAGAAAAUUCUUCAAUUGCAAGAAAAGAAACAGCUUGUAUUCGAUGGAACUGUCGGAGCAAGUGCUGAAUCCCUUGCUAAGUUAACAUCUGAAGAUUUGUGCUUCUUGUUUCGUAAUUGA